CGGAGGGACAGCAGAGCGAGCUGACAUCUAGCCAUGGCCAAAGACUUAAAGAACCUGGUUGGCGCGGGAAGAGCCCGGGAGCUGCAGGAGAAGCUGGAGAGCUGGCAGCAGAACUAUGAGGGGAAUUCUGCUGAUGAAAAUCUAAGCCGAUGCUGUGAAAUAUUAGAACUGAACAGUGCAAUUCAAAAGCAGCUCUUCUCAAUUCUCAAUGAAACAUCUCAAGGAGAUGAAUGUGCAGCAAAAAUAAAAAGCUGUCUCCUGCCAAGUGUGUGCUAUGCUUCAGGAAGUGACAACCUUACUCAGGAUUCAACUGAAGGAGAACUACAGCUGAGAGAUUUGGCCUGCAAACCGAAAUGUGAAUUUCAAGACCUGGAGGACAAACUAAGUGAAACCCGUGCGCAGAUCAACCAGAUGGAACGAGAUCUGAAGUGUUCCCGUGCUGAACCAUGCAGCUUAAAGAGAUUACAGCAACUGGAUGAGUACGAGCAGAAGAUUGAGAACUUGCGGGAUGAGAUUGCUAUGCUGGAUUGCAGAAAGUCUGUCAUCCAGAGCAGGCUUGCUUGUGGUAGGACCUGCUCUCCACCGUGCCGUCUGACGGCCUGCUCUCCACCGUGCCGUGUGAGGGCCUGCUCUCCUCCACCGUGCCGUGUGAGGGCCUGCUCUCCUCCAGGCCUGCUCUCCUCCACCGUGCCGUCUGAGACCCUGUGUCUCUCCUCCACCGUGCCCUUUGAGGGCCUGCUCUCCUCCACCGUGUCGUCCGAGGGCCUGCUCUCCUCUACCAUGCCGUCCAAGGGCCUGCUCUCCUCUACCGUGCCGUCCGAGGGCCUGCUCUCCUCUACCGUGCCGUCUGAGGGCCUGCUCUCCUCUGCCGUGCCGUCCGAGGGCCUGCUCUCCUCUACCGUGCCGGCCUGCUCUCCUCCACUGUGCGGUGUCAGGCCCUGUGUCAGGCCCUGUGUCAGGCCCUGUGUCUCUCCUCCACCGUGCCGUGUGAGACCCUGUGUCAGGCCCUGUGUCAGGCCCUGUGUCCGUCCUUCCAAGUGCCGCGCCCUUUGCGUGAGGCCCUGUUCACCUCCCCGGCUCAGGAGGGGCAGCGCUUCACACCGUGCCUGCCUCAUAGCUCGCUAUAACUUCAUUUAUGCUAAAGAGCGCUUGGAGGCAGAGGCCGCUUUGAGGCGAUACUUCUGUGACUUGGAGACGGUGCAGAGGAUAAUAUACACUGCAGCUGUGGAAUCUUUCCGUGCAGCAAAGGUGGCCUUCUGGAAGGUCAAAAUAAAUGUAAAAGACACUUUGGCUAUAUGUCACAGAGGGGGACCUUCAUCACUUGAAAUCGGUGUCCUGGAUUAUAUAGCUUGCCACAAGGAUCUGUAUGACGUUUGUUACAGUGUCCAUGAUGUAGUUUGCUCCAUGAACAAGAACCCAAGGCUUCCAUGUCCAGGAGAAGUUGAUUUCGUUGUCAUCAGCGGUUUGAUUCGAGAGUUGUGCUGUUUGGCUUUUGCAAUGCAGACACUCAUUCCUCCUCUUGAUAUUUCCUUUGGUAUUGAUGGAGAAUGCUUCAAUAGGAACAUGUACUAUCGUAGCUUUGACUCAGAUUUCACAGCUCCCUUUGUGGCCUAUCACGUCUGGCCUGCUCUGAUAGAAGAUGGUACUGUAAUUGUGAAGGGAGAGGUAGUCACUAAAAAAAUGGUUAUGUGUCCUCGUAGAUGCAGAAUUAGGAGCAGAAGCUGCAGCUGUGGCCGUCCUCUGCUGUGUGGUCCAGUGGCUCGAAGCCGCAGUCUUUCAACAGUGAGGGUCAAAAGUAAGUGGGCAUAUUGGUUCCUAGUGACUCAUGGUUUUCACAUUAAGCCCUUGAAUGAUCAAACAAAAGAACAAAAUAACAUGUUGAACGUCUCUGAUUCUGAAAUACUUGCUGAAGUCUUAAAUUGGGGCUGGAAUGGAAGGGCAAAGGCACUUUACGAGGGAAAGGCAUGUGAGAUGAAUGUUAUUGCCCUCUCUGUUGACCAGCUGGAAUGCAUGGAGCUUGACCUGGGCAUGGAUGAGGAGCUGACUGGCAAGUGCUCCAGCCACGUUGCCAAAGUUGUAGAAGGUGAAAUCAAGGAUUUAGAGAAUGAAGAACUAUGGGCUUAG